CUUUUAUAGGUAUCUAUGCAUUGCCACAUUCACAUUUUGUCAAUAACAGUAAUAAUUACUUAAUAAUCACCAUUAUUACACUUGUUUCUUAAUGUUCUAAUUGAUUCUAUUAUAUUAAUACAAUUUUAAGGUCAACCAACAGAUCCAUAAUAAAAUAUUUUCCAAUUGUGUUUAAUUACAAAAUUGUCUUUAAACUAUAUAUUUUCGCGAUGUCUACAAGUGUUCCUCUUAUUGUGAGACUACUAUCUUCAUCAGUGUCAGUGGCUAACAGAGCUGGUAAAAUUGUGCGAGAUGUUAUGAGUAAAGGAGAAUUAGGAAUCAUUGAAAAGGGCAAAGAUGAUUAUCAAACGGAAGCAGAUCGAUCUGCUCAAAGGUGUAUUAUUGCCUCAUUGUCUGCACAGUAUCCAAAGUUAAACAUAAUUGGGGAAGAAGAUAAUCCAGAUAAUGAGGGUGAUGUUCCAAGUGAUUGGAUUGUACUUGAAUCUGAUAAAGAUGUACUGUCUUUGGAAUGUCCGGUUGCUCUUAAAAGUGUGAAGGAGGAGGACAUUGUUGUCUGGGUGGACCCUCUUGAUGGCACCUCAGAGUAUACUCAAGGUGCCCUAAUGUUGAAGAGAGACCCUUGGGAAAGAUGGAAAAUGUAUUUAACUCAUCCAUUUAUUAGUAUGAAGUGGUAUUUUAGCUUGCUACAAUCAAAAUAUGGGUUUCUCGAACAUGUGACUGUAUUAAUUGGAAUAUCAGUCAAUGAAAAACCUGUUGCUGGUGUUAUACAUCAACCAUAUUAUAAAAAUUUGGUUGGAAGUGAGAAAAAAAUGGGUCGAACUAUUUGGGGUUUACAAGAGGUGGGUGUUGGUGGCUAUACACCAGCUCCACCUCCCGAUUCUUUGGUAAUAACCACUACCAGAAGUCACUCUAACCCAGUAGUAGAACAAGCAUUAUCUGUAAUGAAUGCUUCUCAAAUACUUCGAGUAGGUGGUGCUGGUUACAAGGUCUUACAAUUGUUAGAAGGCAAGGCUUCUGUUUAUGUAUUUGCGAGCAGUGGAUGCAAAAAAUGGGAUACUUGUGCGCCCGAAGCAGUAUUGAAUGCAGCAGGUGGCAAAUUAACAGAUAUUCUUGGUAAUUUUUAUAAAUAUGGUGCUUCAGUAUCGCACCCAAAUAAAACUGGUGUUCUCGCUGCCGUUAAUGAUGAACUCCACAGCUAUGCUCUUAGUAGAAUACCGCAGGAACUUAAAGAGGCGCUUUCAAAUAAAUAGAUAACAGAAAAAUCUUCCAUUAAUUAAUUAUAAAUUUGCCAGCAAUAUGAAUAAAUUGUCAUCAGGUAAAAUAAUACUACAAGUAUUAAAUUAACGAAACUAUGUUUUAUAAAUAAAGUAUUAUAAAUACAAAA